GCGCAGGCGCGCAGGCUAUCCCGUUUCCAUGGCGAUGAAGACACACGGAACCCCAACUGUUCCACAACCGUCCUGUACCAGACGUCAGCCCAGCCAGAGUCGGCCGUCUCUGAGUGUGUCUGCAGCCCUGCCCUGGCUGCUGCUUGAGUUCAACUGCACACCAGCCCAGACAUGGGCGACCUGGAGCUGCUACUUCCUGGGGAAGCUGAUGUGUUGGUGCGGGGUCUACGUAGCUUCCCGCUACGAGAGAUGGGCUCCGAAGGGUGGAAUCAGCAGCACGAGAACCUGGAGAAGCUGAACAUGCAAGCCAUCCUUGAUGCCACGGUCAGCCAGGGGGAGCCCAUUCAGGAGCUGCUGGUCACCCAUGGGAAGAUUCCAACACUUGUGGAGGAGCUGAUCGCAGUGGAGAUGUGGAAGCAGAAGGUGUUCCCUGUGUUGUGCAGGCUGGAGGACUUCAAGCCCCAGAAUACUUUCCCCAUAUACAUGGUGGUCCACCAUGAGGCCUCCAUCAUCAACCUCUUGGAAACAGUGUUCUUCCACAAGGAGGUGUGUGAGUCAGCAGAAGACACUAUCUUGGACCUUGUGGACUACUGCCACCGCAAACUGACUCUGCUGGUGGCCCGGAGUGGCCAUGGUAGCCUCCAUGAGGAUGAGGGGUCUGAGGACAGCACCCCCAUGCAGGAGCUGCAGAAGCAGGCAGAGCUGAUGGAAUUUGAGAUUGCUCUUAAGGCCCUCUCAGUACUGCGUUAUAUUACAGACUGUGUGGACAGCCUUUCCCUGAGCACUUUGAGCCGCAUGCUCAGCACCCACAACCUGCCCUGUCUUCUGGUGGAACUGCUGGAGCACAGUCCCUGGAGCCGGAGGGAAGGAGGCAAGCUGCAGCAAUUUGAAGGUGGCUGUUGGCAGACGGUGGCCCCCUCAAAGCAGCAAAAGCUGAACAAGUUAGAUGGGCAAGUGUGGAUCACCCUGUACAACCUACUGCUAAGCCCUGGGGCUCAGGCCCGAUAUUGCCUUACCAGCUUUGCCAAGGGACAACUACUCAAGCUUCGGGCCUUCCUCACAGACACACUACUUGAUCAGCUGCCCAACCUGGCAGACCUGCAGGGUUUCCUGACCCACUUGGCCCUCGCUGAAACCCAGCCCCCUAAGAAGGAUCUGGUGUUAGAACAGAUCCCAGAAAUCCGUGAGCGGCUGGAGCAAGAGAACAGAGGUAAGUGGCAGGCUAUUGCUAAGCAUCAGCUUCGGCAUGUAUUCAGCCCAUCUGAGCAGGACCUGCGGCUGCAGGCACGAAGGUGGGCUGAGACCUACAGGCUGGAUGUGCUAGAGGCAGUGGCUCCGGAGCGGCCCCGCUGUGCUUACUGUAGUGCAGAGGCCUCUAAGCGCUGCUCUCAAUGCCAGAAUGAGUGGUACUGCUGCAGACAGUGCCAAGUCAAGCACUGGGAAAAGCAUGGAAAGGCUUGUGUCCUGGCAGCCCAGGGUGACAGAGCCAAAUGAGAGCUGGACUUGCUGAGGGCCAACCACCCACGCCAAAGGAACCCACACAGAAUGCACCCCUGAACCUCAGGAUCUCAGUCCGGCCUCUGCCAGUGUCUCAAUCUCCCUGGUGGUGAGCAGAGCUACGGGUAGAAACUGUUGGCCCAUCCCCCCACACCUCCCCAAGCUAAGGUUCUUGACUUCCUGUCCGUUGGGUAGAAACUGACUCAGAAAACUGGGGCAAGAUGGCCCGGGCCGGAUGCGGGGACCCUCUUCCUCUAGCACAGUAAACAGCUGGCCUUCAGAAACA